ACUGUCUGAAGUUGGCGUCGAUAAGGCUGAGGUUUAUGUUCAGUGCCGAUGAAUUUUUCGCAUUUAUAUAAUUAUUUAUGUUUGUUAUAAAGUAUAAUUAACUGUUAGUCGGGCUGCUGAAAUAUUUUAUUUGAAACGACAGUAAUUGGUGAUAUUAAGGAGUCAUUAGUCAUGGGAAUUAUUCGGCUCGCUGUGAAGUCUAGUUUAGCUGGUGGAUUUAUUUAUUACACUGCCCAGGAGGGUCUAUGGUCCUCAGCUGAGGACACCAUUAAAUUCUACGAGAAGAUCUAUAAUAAGAUUACACCUUAUGUUAAGGAGUAUGUCAGUUCAGAAAUCACUACUGGGAUAGCAACAGUACCAAGUGCAACAACAAUGAUCGGUUGCUCCCGAGGGGUAUGGAACAAGGGUGUGAAAAUAAGCUUCGAAUUCUUGUCUGAAUUGCCAAGCCACAUGUCAAAUGGUAUUGACUCACUAAUGUCACUGCCAGCUAUCAAAGACUCAGUCGAGAGCAUAAAAGGAGGCGAUCAGGCACCAGCACAGACUAAAGCCUCAUGAUAACAUGCUCAUGUACUGUAAAUUAUAGUUUUUUCCUGUUCCCAAAGGAUUGAAAAUCCAUAGGAUAUAAUCGAUGGAAAUUGAAUGCCCAGAAUCUGGAUUUUUUUUUCAUUGAGAAUGAUUCUUAUGGGUUUUCGUUCACUGGUGGCACAGAGGUGAAUUUGUUUAUAGUGUUUGGAAAUUAAUAAGGUGAAUAAAUCAUGUCUAUGGAACCAUUAA